AGAAGGAGGAGAGGGAGAACCGGGAGCACGCGGAAAGCGGCAGCGGUGGAAAAGGACCCCUAUCUUCAAGUAUCUGGAGGGGGGAAGCACUCCAGAACCCGUGGUGAUCGGAGAGAACCACCGAUCAACCGGGAACCCAAGGAUAAGCGGCAUCCGACUAAACAAGGAAAGGAGAUGCGAUUCUCGCGGCGGCGCGACGGAUUCUGCUGUGAUACCGAGCGUGUGCCCGCGAGGGGCAGGAGGAGGCUGCACGGGACGGGCGACGCGCACAGCUGUGCACCGGAUUACUAGCUGGCCAUGGACGGGUCUUUAGUGGCAGUGGUUCAACCCCGUGUUUGAGUCCGAGUUCUCUGAGUUAAAGGAUAGGUAGUGGUAGCCCCCCACCCCAGGGGGCAUCGUCUCUUCCUCACCAUGAAGAUCGUGCUGGCUAACUUAUUCGCUCUUCUCUUCCUGUGCACUUGCCUCAGCGUGCUCUACGUGUGGACCACCCUGGAGAGCCGCCUGGACCGCCACAAGCGCAGCACCUUUCCGGGACCCGCGGUGGACCACCCGAGGUCCCUGCGCUCCGGCGGCCCGUCCACCGACCCCUCGCCCAAAACUUUCCGGGCUCUGCUGGCCGUCCCCGCGGCAGAGAGACUGCAGCGGCCCGCCGGGGUCUACAACCUCAGCGCCUCCACAGGGAGUCCGGACCCCCGUAUGUCAUAUCACGGAGAUAACGAGGGGGGGUCCGCGCGACGGGCACGGGGAGGGGAGGAUAGAGCGGACCGGUUCGACCCCAACCCCGUGGAGGACGGGAUCUUCUGGAGCCAGCGGUUGGAGGAAAAACUGUCUGCCGGCUUCACGGAGGAGCACGCCCGGGCUUGGCGCGCCCGAGCCCGGGCUCAGCGGGUGGUGCGGCUGGAGCCCGGCUGCGGCCGGAUCUCCAACCAGCUCGCCACUUUCUCGGACGGGACCCGCGCGUGCGUGCGCUACGGGAUCAACGCGGACCAAGUGCAGGGGGAAACUUUGACGUCGUGCCUCGCGACACUGCUGGGCAUCGCCAACCUGCCACCCCUCGCGCUGUCCCAGCUUAGCGGGACCGGGGCCGGGGCGGCGGGGGGCGGCGAGCAGUGGGCCGCCGUGAGGCGGCGCGUGGAGGGGCUGCAGUGGAGCGAGCGUGCCGUGGUGUCCCUCACGGAGUGGGUGGCCAACCUGACCGGGGUGGUGACGCCCUCCCUGCUCCGACAGGAGGGUGGAGAUGGUGGAGGAGUUGGAGGGGGGCUCCAUCCGUUCCGCCAAGAGCUGCGGAACAAGACGAGGGCGGAGUUGUUCGAGCUGAUGCAGUGGAGCGACCUGAUCCUCAUGGACUACCUCACGGCCAACUUCGACCGGCUGGUGAGCAACCUGUUCAGCCUGCAGUGGGACCCGCGCGUCAUGGAGCGGGACACCAACAACCUGCUGCGCGCGCCCCGUGGCGACCUGCUGUUCAUCGACAACGAGGCAGGGCUCGUUCACGGCUACCGGGUGCUGGGCAUGUGGGAGAAGUACCACGACACGGUGCUCGGUUCGGUGUGCGUGUUCCGCCGAAGGACCGCGAGGCGCGUGGCCGAGAUGAGCGCGCGGCAGGACGCGCGGGCGAGGCUGCUGGAGUUGUACCGGGACACGGAGCCACUGGCGCCCGUGCUCGGCUUCCUCUCCGACGAGCACGCUGGGCUCCUGCAAGCCCGGAUAGACACCGUGCACAGACACAUAUCGCACUGUAGAGAGAAGUACGGCCGGCUUUGACCUUUGACCUGCUACCCGUCACAGAGCGUUACUGAGGUCUCGCCUUCCUCCCCCCCAGUCCCGUCACAGAGCGUUACUGAGGUCUCGCCUUCCUCCCCCCCGUCCAAUCAAAGAGCGUUACUGAGGUCUCGCCACUGCAAAAAUGCGAUAGGUUUUAAUAUUGUUGUGCAUUGGAUACUACUGUUAAAACUACCUCUUGUAAAUACGUCUCUUUGCCUACACGUUAUAGGGGUCAUCUUUAAUUUGUGGAUCGACUUAUACGCCGCCCCCUCCCCUUGCAGAAACGUCAUUCCAGAAUUGGAUUGCUAAAAGAAAAAAAAAUGAUUACAGCGAGUGCAUUUUUUAUGUUCUGUCGCCGCGCAUUUUACGAUUGUUGAAACUAAUGUGUGGUUAUAAAUAGUGGUGGUGUUUGGUGUCAUAACACUGCGCCACGUGGCCCUGGCUUAGUGCCCGUCCCUCCUGCUAAAAGCCUUAACAUGAGCUCACGCUACAUCGUCUUCAUAGUUUGGCACAUCUCUUUCCCCCUUUUCCCUUUGCUCUUUUUAACAGAAGACUGUUUUUUGCACAAUUCGAAUGGCUUACUAGCGAGCACCAGUGAUUUGGGUCCUGUAAUAUCGUGAUGAUGACUUGUAUACUACUACUCAGCCUUAAUGACUUAACGUGUACAUAAACACCCAUUGUAUAUAUUGUAAAGUAUACUGUAAAUACAGUGCCUGUCACAAUGUCCUUUCUGGAAAUGUCAUGCUCCACUAAGUUAUGUGCAUUGUAACAUUCCAAGUCUCUUUUGAUAAAUGUAUUGUAAUUUAAGCCAGUCCUCGUUCCACCCAGUGUCGUGUUAUUACCGCUCCUUUUCACACCUCCACAAAGUAGUUCAAACGUCCCUCAGCGUCCGCUGGGCUAGAUGAGCAGGAUUGUGUGCUUGUUCAACACAGGGCCCCCAUUGUGCGGCGGAAAUACCUCCAGUGUGUUACCCUGGAGACCCUUACUCACACACACACAGCCGCAUGGCAGGUUACCACGGGAACGCAUAAUCUCCCCUCCUCCAAACAAAAGACGCGGCCGUUGGCGAGGCAAGCGACCCUGCAUGACCUCCUGCUUCUGGGGGGACAACACGGAGGUCAGAUAGUGACGCCCUUGUUGCUGUGCUGAAGCGGUCAUUUCAUAUCUGUUAAUUAGUGAGAGCUGCUACAAUGGAGCGCAUUGUGUUCAGUGUCGCCAGUCGGUCUUCAGCACAGUCGUGUCUCAUGGCCAUAACAAGGAAUGGUGGGAAUAUAGUACACACACCCACACCCCACUUACGCACUUAUUGUAUGCAUGCCAUUCGUUUUUUGGCAAGCGAAAAAAGAAUUGCACUCAUUGUAUUGUUGAACGUCCCAGCACUUAUUUUACGCACUUAUUGUAUGUUGUACGUCCAGGCCCUUAAAAAUGAUGCUCAGCAUUUUGUAGCAUCUUAUCCUAGCUAUCUUUAUUGUACACGGAGAAUGGGUUAGUGAUUGUUAGUGCUUGACACUUGGUUCUAUGAACAUCCUAACUGUACCGCCAGCGAUAUAUCUUGUUGUUUCUCUUUCUUCGGGCAAAUGUACUUAUUGUCAGUCACUUUUGAUAGAAGCGUCCACUAAAUGCAGGAAUACAGUGAGUUAGCAAACAACACUGUCGUUAUACAAAGUGGAACGCGGAGUGAGUAAACGCAGAGUUAAACUCCUCGUUCCUCCCCUCCCUUUCAACCCAUAACCCCUUUCCUCAUUAAAAAGAAACAGGCUUUAGGCAGGACGUUUUUGAUAACCUUUUAAUCCCUGGAAACCGAGGACUUAGAGGGAGAGGUAAUUAGUCGCGGCGCACCUGCCGGUCACCUGUGUAAUUAUCAUCGGGUUUGAAGUCUGCUGCGGCUGUGGCGGCAGCCUGUUCGCUUGAAGAACUCUCGGAAGAGCAUCUUUUCCUCGUUUGUUCCACCGUGAGAAGGCCAGGGCUGUGUCUGGUCUGGUGCACUUACGCCCAGACGCACAUCAGAGGAGACGUCAGGGGUGUAAACUUUAAACAUCUGUGAUGCGUUCCAGCAGCAGCCGACGCGAUGAAAACCUCCUGUGAGGGGGGACAGACUUUCCCUUACACGGUGUGUGUGUAGAGGGCACAGGGAGGUCAGGUUUGAGAUGUUUGAAGAUACGUUUAGUAAAAAGAAGAAGACACAGUUUCAAAAAAGGUCUGCUAAUCCCUUUUGUGUGGUGUGAUGGGCAUGCGGUCGCUUUGAUGUUGAUGUGAUGGGCAGAUGGGCAGUCUGUUGGGUUUAAAAUAAUGAGUUUGGAAGCGACUUACAGUAAGUACGUUUGUCAUAAGAAAGAGAAACAACAUUAUAUCGCUGUCGGUACAGUAAAGAAAUUCAUAGAAACAAGUGCCAUGCACUAAAAUCGCUAGAUUAACCAAUUCCCCGUAUACAACAAAGCUAGCUAGGAUAAGUCAAUCACGAUGCUAAGUACUAUUUUUACAUAACACAUACAAUAAGCGUGUACGUUAAGUGCUAGUGUGCGUACAUUAAGUUCCAGCAACCAGACGCACGAACAAACAAAGAAGUUAGGACUGUCCCAUAGGAUCUCAAAAAUGUUUACACCAUGAACCCCUGCGGGAUAGCAACCGCGCUCUUCCUCAGUGUGUUUUCCCUAGUCCCUAGAGCCAGGCCGACCAAUGGAGUGAGGAGUGCUUGGUUGUCAGGUAUUUGGGGGAGCCAGGCACAUGCCCGGGUCUGUACAGUAUGCAUACAGUCUGUUUACAGUUCUCCAUCGAUCUGUGAGUUUCUCCUGACUGUGCUGCAGUCCGGGGGCCUGCAGAUAAACGACCGUCGUGGCAGCCUGCCGUAAAAAGGCGCCGGGAUCGAUACAGGCCCCGGGCCGCGUUGUAUGUUAAUACGGGAUAAUGAUAGCCUUUAGAUGUGUCGGGAGGGGGUGGCAGGGAGAAGGUGUGUGCCCGGCGCCAGUGGGCUGCUGAAGGGCUGUGUUUACACCCCGACAGCUUGGUGGAACGACGCUGCAUCUGUCCGGGCAGGGAGAAAAAAAACUUUGA